UUUACUCCAAGCAACAGCAUUAUUUCGAGAACCUCGGUGCACUAAAAAAAAGUUCCAGAAGUUGUGUAAGACUUUUUAGUUUUAGAUAAAUUUGUGUAUAAUACAAAGAAUAAGUUUCUCUUAAUAAUGAGUUGUAAGAUACUUCUUUUGGUCGUGGUUGUGGUCUUGGUGGUUGUCAUCGCAACUGGAGGAUGCGUGAUGUUCUUAACCAACAUCUUCGGAGGGAAGGACCAUGGAGGAGAAGAUGCUAUGAUGAACGCCACGGAAAGCAUCCCUGACUAUGAAGAUGAAAUCAUGUCUUCAGAAAGUGUCGCUAUUCUGCCUACGGAUGGAGAUGAGAUGAUAGAUGUUGACGGUCUGUUUCCCGACUCGAUGCGUGAUGAUCUCAAGUUAGAGUUAAUCUUGAAGGCCUUGGAGUUAUUGAAGACCUCAAAGAAAGAUGAAGUCCAUAGAAUGCUACCUCGCCACGGUGAGAUGACGGAGGAACUCAAAUUCAAAUUGAUUCUCAAAGCCAUCUUGCUACUAAAAGACAAAAAAUUGACGUCACAUUUUGCUGGUCACCUGGUUGCCGAUUUGAAACUCACUUUGCUCCUAAAAGCCAUCCACAUUUUACAGGACGUGAAAACAGUUAUUGUUUUGGAUGUCGACUUGAAAGAACUAGAGUUGAGUCUUAUUCUUAAAGCUCUUCAAAUUUUGAAGGUAUACAAAGGACAUUUUAUAGACACAGUGUUCGACACGAAGACAAACACACAGCUCAAACUGAAACUGGUUCUGCUUGGAGUUUCCCUUCUCAAGUCUCAUGACCGGCAUGCACGUGACGUCACUCCAGACGUUUGGCCAAUCAAUGUGGAGAACAGCCGUCACUAUAGCCAAUCAGAGCACAGGGGUGAUGUGGUCGAUUCCCGGCCAACAAAGAAGCACCACCACCACCAUAGAAAACACAGCCACUCAAAACCGACCGUCCGCGUCAGAAUUGAUAAUGGCGGAUUAGUUCCCGUGACGCCACCUGAACCAACACAACCGACCGUCCGCGUGCGGAUCGACAACGGCGGACUGAUUCCCGUGACGUCACCCGAACCAACCCCUGAGAUUGGACGGGAGAUACCAGGAUCGAAAGGAACAUUGGUGAAGUUCUUCAAGUGGUUGAAAGUGCUCCACAAGAAAGCUCAUUAAGAAACUGUUGAGUCAUUCACUAUAUGCCUACACAAAGGGCCGCAAAGGGGAUUCUCUUGGCAUUCUCAUCUUUAGCGUGACGUUGAGUAUUAUUGUUAGCUUUUUAUAAUGUUAUUCGCUUUUUUAAAAGUAAGUUUUACUCAAUUUUGACAAAUAAGGAGACAAUUCUUGUGUAUAUCCUGUAAUAGGGCUACAUAAAAAAUAAUGUUUUACAGGCUCAAGUGAACCAAUCAAACAAAAUAAGUCAGUUCCUAAACUGCACCAUUUCAUGAUUGUCACUUACUUCCCUUUACUUGGCAAUAAAACAAUAUUAGGAUUAGAUUUGGUUGAAGACCUUCCGGUUGUUUAUUCAACGAUCCACACUAUACAUAGACUUACUCUAAUACCGCCAACAAACAAUUACCAAUAGAGGGCGCUAUCUCAAACCGCUAGCACACUCACGAACAAGGUUUUUUUUUUCUUCAUUAAAACCAAUUUUGUUAACUUCACAAAAUUCUUUGACAAAAAAAACGCUUAAUUAUUACAGCAGGAUAUGAGUUAAAAUAUAGUUACAAGAAACACCAAUCCAUAUAUUUAACGUUAUUAAC